GAAUUGUAAUAGUGUAAUAUAAUAUAAGGGGGAAUUAAUCGAGCUUUAUAUUUGAAAGUUAGUGCGAUGAGCGCAAGUACCAUGAGCAAGUCGUAACACACCCACACACACAUACAUUUGAAUUAUUGAAGCAUGCACGUGUUGUGAAUAUCAUAUGGGGGUGAAUUGGUAUAUUCGCGCGCAGGCGAUCGAGAGUGAGAUUCUAGACUUAAGACCUAGACCCAAGACCAUCGUUACCCAGUAGUCAGUUAUAGUUAAAGCUCUAUCGGAAACGUUAAGCACCAACAUCACCAGAAGCUACAACACCAGUACACUGAGUACUUGUGCCCGUGUACCAGCACACAGACGAUGAAAAAGCUUCUGCUCGUGCUCUGGAUCUGACUGUUUUUCACGAGAGCACAACCGUCAGUUACUCACGGACAGUCAUACUGAGCACUCGGACGCAAUAUCCGCUGCUUUUUAUCUCUUCCCGCGUUAUUUAUGCCAAUCACUAGUCGCUAUUGUUUAUACCACGAUUUGAGGGCAGAGGUCAACAAAAAUCAAUUUUACGUCCAAUUAUUAAUUUUAAUUGUUUCAAUAAAUCAUGCAAAAGUUUAAAUGACCAAAUAAUUAAAAAUCGUCGGGGCAAAAAAAAACUCAUUUCAUCAGAGCAAACAACGUCCGUGAUUUUUUUCAUCCAUCCUCAUUUUCCCUCAGGCCCUUGGGCGUUUGAUAUAAAAAAAAAAAUCCCAGCAAUGUCGAAGGCACGUUCACGUCGAACGGCGCUAAAAUUUAAAGCGGCCAGCGUUGUGUCAGAGUUAAUAAUUCUCAACGUUAAAUUUAUGUUUGUACACCAGAAAAAGGCUCCCGUGAUAUCGGGACUUAGAAAAGAAUAAAGAAAUAAACUCGAAAUCCUGAGUCCUAAAAACUAAAUAAAAAAAAAAACUUCUUAAUUAAAAGAUCUCCAGAUAAAAAAACACAGACAGGCUUUUAAACUUCCGAGAAAGGGAUGGAGUACAACAGAAGCUGGCACGUUACAGCAUUACAUCUGACCACGACCACGAUGACCACCAUCGCGGUCAUGACGUAUGUUCAUGCAACAAUGGGUGCUGCAAGUACAUCAACCAAAACUACAUCACUACCACCCACAACAAGUUCCAUUCUGUCUCGUGGGAAUCCCGGAGCCUUUGAUAUUCGUCGGGCCGAAGUGGAAGAAGCCCUGGAUAUUAUUGAAGCCGCGUCAUCGAAUUCGCUUGGCGAGGAUUGUGCGUCGACUGCCGGUUAUAAAUCACUUCCAACUGGGGCGGCAUUGGAUCCAAGACGUUUUGAUGCAGCCAGACAGAAGAUAGAUAUGGCCGCUACAAUGUUACAGACUCUCGGGUCAAACAAUCAUCCACCAGGACUAUUGAACGCCGUAGCCCGAUCACUUUUGUUGUCGGUCAACAAUGCAAUUGCUACAAGAGUUGUCGUUCUGAAUGCAUCAACGGAUAUUGUUAUCUCGGAAACAUGGCUAAAACGUACGCCAAGUAGUAUAGGUGAGCCAAUAAAACUUGAAAGCGACACCCUGCGCGCGGGAUAUCGACCGCAUCCAGGACUCCCUUGGUUCGAGAAUGCCGGAGGCUCUACUUCGCAAUUGAGAUCUCCUAAAUUCGUAUUAUCAGCUCCAAUAGAAUCAUACAUGGGCUGGUGGACGCUGCCAUAUUUAUCUUGCAAAACUCAUCAGUGGAUAAUAUCAUACAGCGUUUAUGUACGACAAUCAGAUACGCGAAACGGCAUUCGUGACUUUUUAAGUGUGGAUAUCGACAUCAGCGGGCUGGAAGUUAACCAGUGCGAUGGAGAUAUAUCAUCCUCAGCCAGUUUUGCCGCUGACUCAGCUCUAACUCGAUCAUCAUCUUCGUCUUCUUCUUCUUCAUCUUCAUCUUCAACUUCAACUUCAACCGCAAUGCAUCAGCGUUCAGAUGCUUCUGCUUCCGCGGCAGCUCAUGAUAAUCAAAUAGAAUCAUUUAGAGGCUCACACAAGUGUCACAACGAUACCACGCAAUGCGAGUACAGAGGACCAUCCAGCCACAGAAGUGCCGAGAUCAGCGUAUCAUUCGUAGCACCCGGUUGGGUAAAAGGUGCCUACGUAUGCAGAUGUCGUGACGGCUUUUACAGCCUCGAUCUUUCAAGUGCCGCUGCCAGAGAGCCCGCAGCUUUCGACGGAGUACUCGUUGAAGCUGCGUGGAGAGAAAUGCAGAUGAAUAAAAGUGAUUUGUAUGAUAAAAUGUUUAGAUGCACUAGAUGUGCUGUCGGUUGUGUUACUUGUAAAGGUCCAGAACCUUGUCUAGCUACUUAUCACUGGCCAUUCAGAAUAACUUUGCUGACAUUUUCGAUAUUUUGUUCGUGCGGCGCCGUCCUUUUAAUAUUCUACGUCUACAAACAUCGCAAGCUCAAAGUCUUCAAGGUUGCAUCCCCUAUUUUUCUAUCCAUAACUUUACUUGGCUGUGCAAUAAUGUACUUAGAAAUGGCUGCAAUAUUUCCUGUACUUGACGUCUACUCUUGUAUAGCAACCAAGUGGACAAGACAUCUUGGGUUCUGUAUAUCCUACACAGCUCUGCUAAUGAAAACCUGGCGAGUAUCAUUGACGUAUCGCGUCAAGAGUGCUCACAAAGUUAAGCUCACAGACAAGCAGCUACUGCAGUGGAUGAUACCCAUUCUGCUGGUUAUGAUCAUUUAUUUGAGCACUUGGACACUCAGCGCACCGCCUGAUGCUCAUGUUAUUGCCGAUAGUCAAGGUCUUGAGUUUAAUCAAUGCGAAUAUAAUUGGUGGGAUCACAGUCUUGCUAUUGGAGAAAUUUUAUUUCUCGCGUGGGGUAUAAGAGUAUGCUACAAUGUGCGCAAUGCCGAGAGCUUAUUCAAUGAGGCGAGAUUAAUUAGCUAUGCUAUUUAUAAUAUUGCUGGUGUAAAUACAACAAUGAUAGCAAUCCAUCUUUUUAUAUUUCCGCAUGCUGGACCGGAUAUUAAAUACACCCUGGGUUUUUUACGGACCCAAUUAUCGACAACGGUGACCGUUGGCCUCGUAUUUGGCCCGAAGGUAUUACGAGUUUUACGAGGUCACGGUGACCAGUGGGACAGUCGUGCUCGUGCUCGUGGUAUCACGGCCAGCUUUUCCUUGAAUGGAAUACGCGGCCUUGUCGCUGAAGAAACAACCGAUUUGUAUCAAGAGAACGAAGAGCUUAAAGAAGAAAUCCAAAAACUGGCGGCACAAAUUGAAUUUAUGAAAAUAGUUCACAUGGAAAUGCAUAAUCGUCAUAUUAAACCCAAAAUGGGGGGUUAUUUUAGUACCCAUGGCCAUAAUUGGAGUGCGCAGAGUCCCAAUGCUAAAAAUUCAUCCGCUAGUUUUAUUCUCAAGACGGUAGUUGAACGCGGAGCGACAGCAGCAGCCGCGGCAGCUGUUGAAGACUCGACAUUUCCUUCAGGAAGUCUUCAUCGCGCUCGAAGAAUGGAACUUUUGCGCGAAAGAAAAGCUGCACGUGAAAGAGAACGUGAAAGCCAAGAAGUUAAUAGGCAGCAACAAACCACUGCGGGUAAAAGUGAAGGAAUAACAAGUACAAGUAGUACUAGUGACGGUGAACAUGUCUGACUAGUGAUAAAUAAUGAUGAGGUCUGGCUAUGACGACAAAAUAAAAUAAAUAAUUUUUUAAUGCAACCAACAUUUUUAUCUACACUUUCCAUAAAAUUCAACGAGGUGUCUUGUAUAUAUCAAACUCAGUGCUUUAAAAUAAUAAUCAUUUUUUUAAACCAAAUUUUUAUUUUAUAAAUUUUUUAAAUAUUUAAAAUUUAUAUAUCACUUUUUUAAUUAAAUAAGAUAAACAAUUUUAUAUUUAUUUAAGUGUCUGUUGGAAAAAAAAAAUAUAUAUAUAUAUAUAUUAAGCACUGAUGUUGAUAUAUUUAUUGUAAGCAUUCGUUUGCGCAAAAACUAUGCCGCAAGUAUCUUUGAUACGUUAAAAAUUCGCACAACUUGUUGUUUGUAUAACAUCUUUAAAAAAUAAAUUUAAGAUGUUUAAAUGGGUGUUUAAUUAUUAAAAUAUUAAAUAUAAAAUAUAUAUUAUAAGUGAAUGCAGUGAUAAAGAACCCUAUGAUAUCUACAAGAAUAUGAAGGGAUUUAAAGUUAUUAAAUGAUGUAUAUAAUUUAAUUGUUGCGUAAAUGCCUUAUUGGAAAGUGAACAAGUGUUUAAAUAAUAAAUGUAUCAAAAAUAAGUAAACCUCUUUUCCAGUAUUUCAAAUCACCGGGAAAAUUGUAACUGCAAUUUAUUCAUUUACAUCAAUAUUAACUUCGGAAUAAAGGAACAGAAGUAAAACUAAAGUUUAUUCAUUUUUUUUCUUGUACUGCGCAAUUUAAUUUUUUUGUUAGUAAUCAAUUUUUUUAAUUGUAAUAUAUUUAUAUAGAUUGAUAAAUAAUUUAUGUUAAUUGUUGUUAGAUCUAUUUAAAAUUUUACAAAAGUAGUAUACGAGACUUAAAAAAAAAAUCAUUUAUUAUUAAUUGUCUUGUUUAAAAAAAUUUAUGUAAUUAUAUUGAUAUAUUUUAAUUAUUCAUAUUUUUAAGCUGAAAUUUGUGUUUAUAUACAUAAUCAAAAUUAUAGACAGAAGGAAAUUAUCAAAAUUUUUUUCUGUCAGUAAGAAAAAAAUAUACGAUUCUGAAGUAAGCCGACGUCCAAUAAUUUUUGGACUUAAUUUUUUACAAUAAAUUAUAAAAAAAAAAAAUAUUUGGAAAAAUUGCACCUAUAGUUUAUUAAAUUUUCUAAAUGUGCAUAUUUUUAUUUUUUUUUAAAUCAAGUCGUUGAAAAUAAAAUUCGAAAAUUUUGAACUGUCUGCUAACUUCAGGAUCAUAAAAAAU